ACUGACCAAUUGUUGGUUUAAUUAAUAAGCUAAACGAUAUCAAAAUGAGCGGGGGGAUGUCGAGGAAGCCUGGGGAUUGGGUGUGCAGGUCGUGCGAGUACGUGAACUUUUGUCGGCGGGACUCGUGCCAGCGGUGCGGCGAGCAUAAGCUUGGGGCGGAGCGGCUGGACUACACCAGCAUUGGUGGCAGCUGGGACGUCAAGCCCGGCGACUGGUAUUGUUCCGCCUGCCGGGUCCACAACUACGCCAACCGCCCUUCCUGCUUCAAGUGCGGCGCUUCCAAGGACGACUCCGCCUCCGCCAUCGCCAGCUCCUGGGGCUUCCGCUGCGACACCGCCUCCGGCGCCGCUAACUGCUCCUCCUCCUGGAAGUCCGGCGACUGGAUUUGCUCCAGAUUAGGUUGCAAUGAGCACAACUAUGCGAGAAGGAUGGAAUGUUUCCGAUGCAAUGCACCGAGAUCAGACUGUGGUUCAGAAUACUAAUAUAUAGGCGAGCACAUGAAGAGACUUUUUCAAACAAGUCAAUAAAUAUAUGUUGUGUCCCUUUUUGUUUCAGCUGGUGUGUGUGCGUAUAUAUAUAUAAUCGAGACUGUAAGCAUGUUAUCAGCUAAUUAAAGUCUACACUG